AUGGAUCUCGUCAGUAUUCUGCGGACGAGAGGCCCGGCGAGCCCUUGCGAUGAAAUACACCCCGAGGGCAACACGGUCGAUGUCGCUGCACAGGUGAUCCAUCUCGAGGGACGCCCUACCCUGCUUUUCAUCUCCUUUCUCGCCGCCUGCAUCGGGUUUGUCAGUGUCCUCCUGAUCUUCAUCUCAAGCUUCAUUGGACGUCCUCCCAAGGAGAAUGGCUUGUGGUUUAGGAAGAACCAUGGAUUGAAAGGGUGGUCGUCACUUUCAGGCAUCAUGAUCUUGACUCUGCUCUUCUUCCUUGCGGACGCCGUCUUCCGUUUCCUCAGGUACCGCCACUACACCGUCGACAUUGUGUAUCUGUGGGCCGAAGAAGUGCGGGACAAGCCGCAGAGCAUCGCCGAGUUUUGGCUGUUCAUCCUGAUCUUCGCCAGCUGCGAGGAGGCGGCGCAGCUGGGCAAUGUCGCGCAGCGGGGUGGGAUGCGGGUGCUGGGCCAAACCGCGCGGUGGGUCAUUGUCAUCCUGGCCAUGCUGGCCUUCCUGGCCGGGCUCGGCGUCGACCUCGCGCACAAGUACUUCCUCGUCAACGCGCUCGACCCUUCUUCCAGCGGCAGCGCCGAGGACCCAGACGGUUCGAGUUGCCGCACGCUCACCACGGCCAACACGAUCCUGAUCGGCGUCUCCAUCGGCGUCUACGGGGUGAUGACCGUCGCGGGCAUCUACGGCACAAUCAUCGCGCUGGCGGCCUCUGAUGACCCCGGUGACGGCAAACACCACGGCAUCCAGAAGUACCGGAGAUACUGGUCCGCACUGAUCGUGGCGUUCCUCGCCCGCUCGAUGCUGGGGCUCGCCUUCGUCAUCAUCUUCGACUGGUUCGACAUGGGUCCCUACGACAUGUUCAGCAUGAUCUAUGCCAUCGUCUACGCCGCCACCACGGCCGUCAUGUUCUUCUGCAUCGCCGGCCUGAUCAGGAUUCCGAACCCUUUCAUGGAUCAGGAGGAGGAGGAGGAGGAGAUGCCGCUGCCGCCGCCUCCAAUGCCGCCGCCAAUGCACCACGGAAUACCCAUGUCGUAUGGCAAUGCCUCCUUUGCUCCGCCAACCGCAUGGAGCUAUAAGCAGCCUCCUGUGGUCUAUACGCGGAUCCCGUCCGACUAUCAAAUGAAUCGGAUCUGA